AUGUUCUACUUGUUCUGGUUGUGCAUCAUUCUGAAACACGGUGGAGCAGCUGACCCAAAAGCAAUCUGCGACAUUAGGCCGUUCGGCUGUGAUCUCUACUGCCCCUACGGCUAUCAAUAUGACGACAGCAAAGCAUGUUUGUGCAAGUGUCAAUAUCCAUGCAAGGUAAGCACGGUAUGCUUAACUGUUGAACGUACCUGUUAGAU